CCUCCUUUCUUCCAGCUCUUCGACUACAUCUCCGAGUGCAUUUCCGAUUUCCUGGACAAACACCAGAUGAAGCACAAAAAGCUGCCCCUGGGCUUCACCUUCUCCUUCCCCGUGCGGCACGAGGACAUCGACAAGGGCAUCCUCCUGAAUUGGACCAAGGGCUUCAAAGCCUCUGGCGCGGAAGGGAACAACGUGGUCGGGCUCCUGAGAGACGCCAUCAAACGGCGAGGGGACUUCGAGAUGGACGUGGUGGCGAUGGUGAAUGACACGGUGGCCACGAUGAUCUCCUGCUACUACGAAGAUCACCGGUGCGAGGUUGGGAUGAUUGUGGGUAAGACGGCCCCUUCCCGCCGGGACGGGGGCUACGAGAAGAUCAUCGGGGGGAAGUACAUGGGGGAGAUCGUCCGGCUGGUGCUGCUGAAGCUGGUGGACGAGAACCUGCUCUUCAACGGGGAGGCCUCCGAGAAGCUCAAAACCCGUGGGACCUUCGAGACCCGCUUCGUGUCGCAGAUCGAGAGGUAG